CCGACGGUGGAAACAUGACUUCUGAAUAACGCUCAGUUACUUUUCUCUGCUCCAGAAUGAACAGCGAGGAAGAGUUUUACGACGCCGAGACAGGGCUGGAGUCAGAUGAUUCCUGUGAAGUCAGUUUCAAAGAUGCCCUGGUGUUUGACAACAAGCAGGUGACCGGUGGCUGCUGCUCACAGGAGAAUGGAGUGUGGGAGCGCAGGAAAACUCUACCUGCUGACAUGAUCUCCAAGAACAAUUUCAGUGUUUGGAGUAUACUGAAGAAAUGCAUUGGCAUGGAGCUGUCUAAAAUAGCGAUGCCAGUCGUGUUCAACGAGCCGCUGAGCUUUCUCCAGAGAAUCUCUGAGUACAUGGAGCACACUCACCUCAUCCACAAAGCCUGCAGUUUGUCUGACUCAAUAGACCGCAUGCAGGUUGUUGCUGCAUUCGCUGUGUCAGCUGUAGCAUCUCAAUGGGAAAGAACCGGAAAGCCGUUUAAUCCUUUACUAGGGGAAACAUAUGAACUCACAAGAGAGGACGAAGGAUACAGAUUGAUCUCAGAGCAAGUGAGCCACCACCCUCCUGUAAGUGCCUUCCACGCUCAGUCUCUGAAGCAAGAGUUCGAGUUUCAUGGCACCAUCUACCCCAAACUCAAGUUCUGGGGCAAAAGUGUGGAAGCGGAGCCCAGAGGAACCAUGACGCUAGAGCUACUGAAACAUAAAGAGGUGUACACCUGGACAAACCCCUUGUGUUGUGUUCAUAACAUUAUCCUGGGGAAACUCUGGAUUGAGCAGUACGGAACUGUGGAGAUCGUCAACCACAGUACGGGAGAUAAGUGCGUGCUAAACUUCAAACCGUGCGGCAUGUUUGGGAAAGAGUUGCACAAAGUAGAAGGUCACAUCCAAGACAAAAGUAAGAAGAAGCGGAGAGUGAUCUAUGGGAAGUGGACCGAGUGCAUGUACAGCAUGGACCCCAAGCUUUACGAAGCAAACAGAAAGAAGACGGGGGCGGACACUAAAAAGCUGAAACAGGAACAAAGCUGUGAAGGUGACGAGGCAGAUGAGAUGCCGGACGUUCAAGAGACUGUGACUGUGAUACCAGGAAGUGCCUUACUGUGGAGGAUAACGCCGCGGCCUGCUCACUCCGCACAGAUGUAUAACUUUACAAGCUUUGCCAUGACACUAAAUGAACUGGAGCCCGCCAUGGAGAGACUCCUGGCGCCAACAGACUGCCGGCUGAGGCCCGACAUCAGAGCCAUGGAAAAUGGAGACAUAGACGCAGCAAAUACAGAGAAAGAGCGAUUAGAGGAGAAACAAAGAGCAUCACGCAGGGAACGCUCCAAAGACAAGGAGGAGUGGUCAACACGGUGGUUCAAGAUGGCAACAAACCCUCACACCGGAGCUGAGGAUUGGCUGUACACAGGUGGAUACUUUGACAGGAAUUAUACCGACUGCCCCAACAUCUAUUGACGCAGGAGGUGCUCAGAAUGAAGAUCUCCUCUCUGAUAGGAUUCCCUUUACUUCUCAGCAUCUUAAACUGUGUCUGCGACGCUCACUGGUACUGUGUCUUUGUGUGAAUCAAUGAAAAACUUACAUCAGAGUGUUUACCAGAUUAUGACUGUGAAACUCGUCCACAGAAAGAGAAUUGUUAUAUAAAGAAGAUUUUUUUUUUAGAGUUUACUUACUGUAAAUGUUGACAUCUUUCAUCUUUAUAGGCCCUAAUUAUAAUAAUAGUCCAUAUGUGUUACUCACCUGCUGAGGGCUCACCUGUAUGCUUGGGAUCAUGCAACUGCAGGACACAAAGCUCUGACCUCUAAAGGGUAUUUUAGUUCAGGUAAUAGGCCAUAACCUCACCUGUAGAUGCUCCACACACUUCAGUCCAGUUGCAUUCAAAUAUCAGGGGAUAUUUCAACACAUCUGUUACUUUUAUAUACAUUUAUAAAUAUCACCUAUUUGAAUUUUAGAUGUCUAUUUUAGUUAGCUGCGUACAUCCCUAACAUGUCACAACUGUGAUUAUUUUCUGUGAAUGGAGACUCACAAUAGAGACAAAAGCUGCUUAUAACCUCAUUUACCUGCACAGUAAACAGAUAUCGUUGGUACAUUAUAGCGUCUUCAGCUGUAACAUAAGUCAUGUGUAUAAUUAUUGGUGCAUGCAUGCUAACCAAGAAGAUUAUUUACACAAGUUAAAGCCAUAAGAAACCUUUUGUGCACUAAAUAUGAUGGUGUAAAUGCAUUCACAUAAAACAGUAAAGCAAAGGGACGCAGACUGAUUGGUUAAAAGCCGAAGGUUUUAAGAGAUAUAACGUACUUACAUUGUGAGCCUUUUAACAGUCAAAACAAUAAUAAUGCUGUUAUUGUUCGUAUUUGUUUGUUUCUAACUGAGGCGUAAUUAUGUUUAAGUUUUGGAUCUACACAUCCCAUCGUUGUGGGGGCGUAAACAGGAAGUAUAAUGUUGCCACCAGUUAGCUCCCUAGUUAGCUGUAGUCUUCUAUUUGAGCCGUGUUUGUUUUUUAAGCCUGUAUUUGUGAAAGUUUUUUUCUAUAGGCACCUUAAAAAGUGCCAAAAUUAGCUGUCUUCAGUUCCUGUUGGUUAUGUACCAAUGGACAUACACCUACCAUUCAAUAGUUUUAUUCUGAAACUUUAGUUUUUCUUUGUUUUUUUUGUUUUUCUGAGACGUUUGUAGUAGGAUUUGUUAGAGGCUUUCUUUGGACAUUUGUUUUUAAUGCGAUAAUGUUACCAGGAUGUUUAAGUCAGAUCAGAUGGUAUGUGCUUUUAUUUCUCUAAGAUUUAUAGUUCAUGGAAGGAGAAAAUUUGAGGCAAAUUUUGACUUAAUUCUCUCUGUGACAGUUGAAAAACAUUUGGUUUGAAGAGAAAGCUGUUCCAUUCUGACUCUUGGCAUUUAUAAAGUACUCUGACUGUUUUCAGAAGUCCCAGGUUGAUGCCCUUGCACCAUUUUCCAGCAGUCAAAGCUGCAAGCAGCAUAUAAGACUGACCAGGACAUUGCAGCCAUCAUGAACCUAUGCAAACUGCUCCAUCCGCCCUUCUACAAUGUGAAAAAAAACAAAUAGAAAUCCUUCAUCCUCCUUAGCUAGUGGCCAUUGUGUGCUUCAAACACUACAAAGGCAGCCGUUAAUGAAUGUGUUGCACCUACAUCAUACAGGGCGUUUGUCUGGUGGUAUUUAGAUGUUCCUCUUUGUUUCUAAGCACUUACCUUUGCGUAAACUGCACAUGUGAACGCUCACAGUCCAAUGCACAUAUUGCGUUGUGAAAAAUCCUUCAUGUCUUCCUUCCACUGCUCUAGACUUUACUCUGAGUUCAAAGCACUUUGUGAGGCCUGCAGACACUCAGGGCCGCAGGUUUUAGUCUCAGUCUCGUACUCUUCAUUCUCAUGUUCUGUAUAGCAUCAGAUUGACAAUGUUUACAUCGUAAGUUCAUUGAUCUCCUGUUUUUAUCUCCACAUACGGUUAUUCACAUUCAACCAUAUGUAAACAUGGCAUAUUUGAGAAAUAAAUUAUGGACUAUUAAAGUUA